AUGUUUUCCUUUGACGACUACGACCGCCUUAUCCGCCACAUUGAACAGUUGAAGCGCGGGGCCCAAGUAUGCCGCAAGCUGGAGACCCCUGACCAGUACCAAGUCGAGCUCACCAAGGAGGGCUCGUUCACUGGUUACGACUUGAAGGCGAAGCGGGUUGGUGACGGCUUGGCUCUCGCCGUCCAGAACGAUGACGACGGCUACUACAAGGAGUUUGUCUUCCCCCACGGCGACCCCGACCGCAUCCACUGGGAAAACCUGGGGAACAAGUUGACGUUGAUUGUCCCCAAGCGCAAGCACCCGCUCCACUUGUUGCACCAGAUGGUCACCGACAACCACGAGCUGAACCAGAACAGCGCCUGGAUGCGCUACUUGGAAGACGGCGGCGACGAGGACUUGUGGGACGAGGCCGAACGCAUGGUGUCAGCGAUACAGCUUGCCGAGGACAUCGAGGACGAGGACGAGGCCUACGUCAACCGCAAGUACAUGCAACCCCUCAACAACAUGGUGACGGCCAUCGACACCGCGGAAGAGAUUGAGGACGAAGACGACCGUUAUGAGCGCCAAGUGAAGCAGCGCCAGCAACAACAGCUGCAAUCGCUGAAGUCGCAACCAAAGAACGGCGGUGCCCAAAACGGUAAGCAGAAGCUGGUGGACCGCUCCAAGUUGCAGGCGCUGGACUUGUUGGCGCGGGCCUACCGCCUUGUCGAGCAAUUGGACAGCAACCACCGCCUCAGUGACGCCGAGAAGAUGCUGAAGGCGCUUGAGAUUGCCGAGCAAUUGGAGGACCAGAUCGAUUUGCUCGAGAACGAGCGCUUGGCUACCGCUUACGAAACGGCCAACAAAAUCAAGAACGAGAACGAGCGCUACCAGAACAUGAAGUACAUGAAGCCGCUCAACGAUAUGGUCACCGCUGAAGACGUUGCCGAAGACAUUGACCGGGAAAAUGAAAGAUAUCUCCGGGCUAAGCAACAGAGACAACAACAGCCGAGACACCAACAGCUGAGACCCCAGCCGCCCAAGCCCCAGCUGAAGCCUCAAAUCAGACCUCAACCGCAACAAAGAUCUCUGCAACAACAACUGAAACCUCGGCCGAAGCCGAAGCCGGCGGCGUUGGCGUCGAAGCCCGCCAACCCUGCUCCCUCGUUGCCCACGCCUAAGCCCAAGCACGUGCAGGUUGAAGAGGUGCCUGACGAGGAAUUCUUGUUCAAAAAGGCUUUGUAA